CCUCCAAUUAAAAACUAGUCCACUUUCAACUUUCCUACCUAUAAAAACUCCUCUCUCCCAAUUCCCAUAUCAUCCCCCCAAAAUCAAACACAAAAAUCCCAAAAAUCUACCAAAUAUGGCAAUGCCAAAAACCCCAUCAACCACCUCACUAGCUGAUCUAGACAUAGCUAGUGCCUUCUUCGCACCCAUCCAACAAGCAGCUCCACCUUCCCCAACCAAACGCCACAUCAAAAUCUCCAUCAUUGGCACUGGCAAUGUUGGUAUGGCCAUUGCUCAAACCCUCUUAACCCAAGACUUAGCCGACGAACUCGCACUCGUCGACGCUCUCCCUGACAAACUACGCGGCGAGAUGCUCGACCUCCAACACGCUGCUGCUUUCCUCCCACGCACCAAGAUCGUCGCAUCCACUGAUUACGCCGUUACUGCAUCGUCCGAUCUUUGUAUUGUCACUGCUGGAGCUCGUCAGAAUCCUGGCGAAUCUCGACUUAAUCUUCUACAAAGGAAUGUUAGCUUGUUUAAGAAGAUCAUUCCUCCUUUGGUUAAAUAUUCUCCUGAUUGUAUUUUAAUGGUUGUUUCUAAUCCUGUUGAUGUUUUGACUUAUGUUGCUUGGAAGUUGUCUGGUUUCCCUUCUAAUCGGGUUAUUGGGUCUGGUACUAAUCUUGACUCAUCUAGAUUUCGGUUCUUGAUCGCUGAUCAUCUCGAUGUUAAUGCACAGGAUGUUCAGGCAUACAUAAUAGGAGAACAUGGGGACAGCUCGGUGGCACUAUGGUCAAGCAUAAGCGUAGGAGGGGUACCAAUUCUAAGCUUCUUAGAGAGGCGCCAAAUCAUAUACGAGAAAGAAACCUUAGAGAAAAUCCACAAGGAAGUGAUCAACUGUGCCUAUGAAGUGAUCAAACUCAAGGGCUACACCUCUUGGGCUGUGGGUUACUCGGUUGCGAACUUGGCUUGGUCGAUCCUCCGAGAUCAACGACGUAUUCAUCCGAUCUCUGUGUUGGCGAAGGGUUUCCAUGACAUCAAUGAUGGAGAAGUGUUCUUGAGCUUGCCUGCGCAGAUUGGGAGAGGUGGUGUGCUAGGUGUUAUAAAUGUGCCUAUUAGUGAUGAAGAAGCUGAACAUCUUAGGAGAAGUGCUAAAACUAUUCUUGAACUACAAGAGCAGCUUGGUGUUUGAUUAAGGAGUCGGGCUAAGUAUUAGAUUGGUGAGUUUGGUGUGAGCAAAAGUAAACAAGACUAACAAAAUGAGAUGGAUGGAAGGGACUAUUAGUUUUUGUAAUUUAAUUUGAUUUGUUUUCCACUUGUUUGAUUUCAACAAUGAGUUUGAAUUUUAGUUUAUUAUAAAUUUCUAUUUUGAGAGGUUAA